AUGUCCGCUAUAAGCACCCAACAGGUGACUGCCAGCGAAUCGACCAUGGAGGGCAUAGGUGUAGAGCGAACUCCUCCGGGAGGGUCUCCAUCGCCAGCGAGCGUGACGACGUCGGCCCCAGCGCCGAUGCCCCUGCCCCCACCAGUUCACAAUAAAAUGCGUGACACCAUUAGGUCUCUGCGCAACAAUCUGAGCGACCUUGCUGUCGGCGUGCAGCAUGUUAUCGAUGGCCCCUACGAGGCCGGGGCAUACUCCGACGAGUUCGAGAACUGCACUGUCACGCUCUCUACCUACCUUCGCGACUUUCACAAUGCUCUCAUGCGCAACUCCCUCAUCAUCGACACCGAGGCUGGUACCCGGAUCAUGCACCUCUACCAGGCUCUCUUCCAUCAACAGCUCGCCAGCACAGCCAUCCUUCUCGACGACAACGCACUCAUGGACGAGGCUCCGCGCACCUGCCCGCGCACGGAAGGCGCCCUCCCUGUCGGCAUCAACAUGCAGGCUGCCCUGACUAAGGCUGUUGAGGACGGCGUUCGCAUGGCCACAUCAGCCAUCAACACGUGGCUGUCGGCUAUCGAGGCCCAGCUAGUAUGCGGGCGUCCGCUGCCACACCCUCCUCAGGCCCCCGAGGGACCGCGACUCCAACUGCCAGUCCGUACUGGUCGUCAACGUGCCCCCACCGCCAACUCCAGUGCUGCUGCCCCUGCAGUGCAGCCUAUGAUGCAGCCUGAGACGCAGGCCCCGAAUGCCCCAACCAUGGCACAGGUGGCUGCCCAGAACCACGAGAAGUGCUACGUCCUUCUCAUUACCCCCGAGCAGCAUGCCGCCAUUGAGGCAGGGGGUACCAUGCCCCAAUGGUAUGCUAAGGUCCAUACACGCCUGCACGAGACCCCCGCAUGGGCCAAGGUACGUUUUCUCGGUCUCCGCUUCACUGGACCAACCAAGGUCCAAGUGGUUUUCUCGCACGACUCCCCCGACUCGCUCAUACACCCGUGUGAGCAUGCAUCCACGCUGCAGGACUUCUGCCCUCUCGUUCCUGUUACGAAACUGUUCAUCCCGAGCUGCCUGCUGCGUCAUCCUGACACAGGAUUGUUACUCACUGAGGAGGAAAUCAUGGCGGAACUACGCCGUAAUGCUAUGUUUUUAUCUGUUCAUUUCAACAGUCUACCCAGUUUCGUUGUGCCUAAGGAACAUCGCGAGCAGCUCGGGAAGUCCUCUAUUAUCGUCUCCAUUGAGGAUGCCCAUCGCGACUACUGUGCGCGUAACCUCCUUGGACGUGACAACCACGGUGAUGCUGCCGCUUUCCUUUGGUUCUAUGGCUCCCGCAUCACUGUAAAGAAGUUGAAAGAUCGUCCCAUUUUCCGUCAGUGCACUCGUUGCUGGCGCCUCAUGCAUCUCGAAAGUCACUGCAAGAAGCGAGCGCCUGUGUGCCACUUCUGUGGAAAGACUGACCACACGUCCGAUAUGCAUCGGCAGGCAUGCCUUGUCUGCAAUUAUGAGGCUCACCUGGCUGACCAGCCUUGCGAGUCUGACCACUAUUUCUGUGUGGUCUGUGGUACCAACGGUCACAGUGCCGCCGACACCACCUGCCCUGCGCAGAAAGAUUACCGCAUUCCCAUCUCGCGCACCAACCCCUCAUCAUGA